AUGGCUGAAAAAAAACAACCCAAAAUUCAUUUAUUUUUUUCAAAACCUAUCCCGGGUACAUCAUCGCCACAUCAGCUCUCUUCUUCAGAUUCGCAUUCACCAGAUUUGCCAUCAACAAUUACAUCUUCUAUACCAUUAUCCUCAUCAGACCCGAUAAUCACAGAGCCAACUUUAAAUGAUACUAAAAUCACUGAUAUUUUUGAUAUUGCGUAUGCAGACCAUUUUUUGAACAUGUUAAAAAAUCCAACUAAGUCAAUUGAUAAAAUAAUUGAUACUGAAAAAUCUAAACAAGUGUUGAAAAAUCGAAAAAAUAUAAUUCCGAUAAUUGAAGCCAUUAUCCUAUGUGGUCGUCAAAAUCUAGCUCUAAGAGGACACCGUGAUUCUGGAAAGAUUGAUACAGACUCUUCAAACAAUGAGGGUAACUUCAGAGAAAUUUUACGUUACCGUGCCAAGGGUGAUAUUGAAAUGCAAAAUUAUUUAGAAGGUCCUGGAAAAAUGAAGUAUAUUAGUCACCGAAGCCAAAAUGACAUGAUUGAUGCUUGUAAUAAGGUGUUAUUAAAUAAAGUGGUUUCUAAAGUCAAUGCAGCGAAAUGCUUUUCAAUUCUGGCAGACGAAACUGCUGACAUUUCAGGUAUCGAGCAAGUAUCAUUAUGCGUUAGAUAUAUCGAACUGAACACAUUGACUCUUACAGAAGAAUUUUUACAAUUUGUUCCCACAUCUGAUAUGACAGGAAAGGGAAUAGCCAAUUUAAUCUUAGAGAGUCUUAAACAAUUUGGAGUUGAUACAAAAUAUUUACGUGGACAAGGUUAUGAUGGGGCAGCAGCAAUGUCAGGAAAAUAUAACGGUGUCCAAGCUCACAUACGAGAAAUAUAUCCAAAUGCCAUUUAUGUGCAUUGCUCUGCUCACUCAUUAAAUUUGGCAGUUUCCAAAUCUUGCAGUGUACCAGAAAUACGCGAUUGUUUGGGAACAAUUGGGCAAAUUCGUGAUUUUUUUAUCUUUCCAAAAAGAAAGUUCAUAUUAACAUCAAAAAUCGAGAGCUCUUCAUUAUCAUCAACAAAAAAAACACUAAAAAGAAGCUGUGAGACUCGAUGGAUUGAGCGAUAUCAUGCGGUUCACGACUUCUUAGAACUCUACGAAUUUGUCGAAGAAGCGUUAGAAGAUAUAUCAAUGUGGAAUGAUAAUGAUACAUCAGACAAGGAUUUGCUUUAG